CCCUCCCCUAGAUGGUGAGCAUGGCCACUGACGUGCAGGACCUGCGGGAGGCGGGGCUGAAGGGCGUGACGUCAGCGGAGGCGGACGACGUGAUUGGCGGGCUCGAGAGCUGCCCGGGAUUGGUGGAGAUCCUGUGCUACAGCUACUGCUAUCUGGGGCUGCUGACGGGCCCCUUCUAUCGCCUCCGCACCUACCAGGAUUGGCUCCGGGGGCCUUCACCCCCUUUCUCCCCCUCUCUCAUCCUCGAGCGCCUCCGUUGGGUACCGGCCUUCGCCUUGGUAGCCGAAGCCUGCGGGCGCCUUUUCCCUGCCAGGACCUUGCUAGGCCCGGCGCUAUGGGGCUGGUCUUUCCCUUGGCGCCUUUUGGCCAGCGCCCCGGUUUUCUUGGCCUUCCGUUUGCGGUUCUAUGUGGGGUGGUUGUGCGCCGAGGCCGCCUGCUUGGUGGCUGCUUUUGGGGGGUACCCGAAGGAGAGGGGUGCCCGGCCGGGCUGCGGCCCCACGAGGAAAGGGGAGAAAGGGGGGGAGAGGAGCCGCCCCCCAUCCCCCCAGCAGUGGGAUUUCGAGUGCAUCCGCACGGUGGAUCCGUGGGGCACGGAGCGGUGCCGGGGGGUGCGCGAGGGGCUGCGGCGUUGGAACAUGACCGUGCAGUGGUGGCUGCAGCACUACGUGCACCGCCGCGCGCCGGGACCCCCCCUCCUGCGCGCCUCGGUGACCCUCCUCGCCUCCGCUUACUGGCACGGCCUGCACGGGGGGCUCUACCUAAGCCUGCUCUCCUUGCCCCUAUGGCUGGCGGCCGAGCGCUCGGCGGUGCCGGCGGCGCUGGGGGUCCUCCCCACGGCGUUGGGGGUCCCGUUGGGUCGAGCCCUCCCCAUGAGAGUCUUCGAGUACCUGAGCGUUGGUUUCGUCCUGCGGCGAGGUGGAGACGCUCUCCGUUACUGGGGGGCUUUGGGGUUCUGUUUGCAUCUCCUGCCCCUAGCGCUUAUGGCAGGGGGGGUGUUGAUGAGAGCGU